CUCAUCAGCUGAAUCUCUUUUCUUAGCCUUGUUUGAUGUGCCAUUUGAUAUGAAUGGCAGUCUGAUGGCAAGAUAAAUUCUUCAUCAUAUCAAAUGUACAAGGAACUGUGCAAUGGAUAUUCUUCUGGGAAAAUGAAGUCUUGUCCUGGUUGCCAUGACUGAGGUGUCCAGGUCUGGCUAGGUCAGAGAGCAGGUAGCACUGUGCUGAGGUCUGCUGUCCCAAUGAGCAAGGCGAGCAACCCACAGAGACGUACCACCUACCUCAUUUCCCUCACUCUGGUGAAGGUUGAGGCAGUGCCAGAGGAUGUAGCAGGGAACCAGAAGGAGGCUCUUCCAGAGGGGGAAGGGAGCCCUAGGAAAGAGGAGGAGAAGGAGGAGGAAGAGGAGGAGGAGGAGAGAGAGGCGAGCAAUGCCCCUGGAAAGGAGGAAAGGCCUGUAUGUACACCAGUGGUGGGAAAAGAAAACACACAGGUGGAAGAAGAAGUGGAACAGGUGCAGAUCAAGUAUGGCAGCUCCAAUGAGAACUGGGGGAAGCUUGAGAGGAGGGAAACUCAUGGACACCAAAAAGACAUUGUAUCAGUUGGUAAAAGCAAAGACACUUCUUUUGUACACCCACCUGUCAGGCAAAUGGUCAGAGUGUAUGGAGGAACUACCUCUGAGGGAACUGUGCGCAGGGAGGGGCCUCGCUCAGAAGCCUUGCGCCCUAAGACGGAGCUCUACCGAGAGCCCCCCAUGCUGUUCCUGAAGGGGGAAAACGGAGCAGACCUGAACAGCCGUUCACGCUGCAGCCUCCCUUUUUCCGUCCCGCCGCCGGCCAGCCAGCGUCCUGAAGUCCUGAUGAGGUCACAUGCAGGAGGCAACUCUGCAUGCUGGAGAGAACUCAGAGAGACCAAUACAAGUCUGUAUCACUCUGCUAAGACUUUGGAUCGAAGGGAUAAUCGCAUUGGGGACCAGUCCCCCUUAAUGGCAGCUACAACUCUGGGGCCUUACAGGGCGUCCUGGGCCGACAGCGAUGGCAGGGGUGCACUCAUUCGCCCCGGCGCUCCCAUAAGCGGAGGAUUUUCAGGCGUAAUGACCAGGGACAGUCCUCAGGGGGAGAGGUUUAAGACAGUUUCUAUUUCCUUCCCUGCACCUCCUGCCACCGAUGUGUCCAGGCCUCAAAGAAAAGGCACGAGUCGUACCCUGGAUAACAGCGACCUACAUUCCCUCUCUGAGGACCUGAAGAAAGGGAAGGAGGGCCAGGGAGGAACAAUCCAGCGAGCUCCUCCCCGUGACCGAAAGAUGCUCAAGUUCAUUAGCGGCAUUUUCACCAAAAGUGCAGCUACGCCUCCCAGCGUCAACACCGCACCUCCCCUCUACCCAGCUGUGGAAAGGGGCUCGAGUGAGGAGGAAGCUGUAUGCACCAGUAGUCAAGAAUGGACCAUGAGCCAAACUAUACAAGAACUUCACUUGGGUGUUUUGGGAGGUUUGUGCAGCGGGAAGUCUGCUCUGGUCCAUAGACACUUGACAGGAAGUUACCUGCAGCUGGAGAACUCUGAGGGGCGCCAGUACAUUAAGGAUGUCCUGGUUGAUGGACAGAGCCACCUGUUGAUAAUCAGAGAGGAGACAGAACUCCCAGGUGCUCAGUUUGCAAGUUGGGUGGAUGCAGUUAUCUUGGUCUUCAGUUUGGAAAAUGAGGCCAGCUUCCAGGAAGUUUACAAAAUCUACCACCAGCUCGCUGUCCACCGGCCUAUUUCUGAGAUACCUUUCAUAGUAGUCGGCACUCAAGACAAGAUCAGCAGCACCAACCCCAGAGUAAUCGACGACGCCAGAGCCAGACAGCUCUGCUCAGACGUGCGGCGCUGCACUUAUUAUGAAACCUGUGCGACGUACGGCCUCAAUGUGAACAGAGUCUUCACUGAUGCUGCUCAGAAGAUCAUGGCAGCCAAGAAGCAAGCUGCUCUACUGGCGUCCUGCAAAUCUCUCCCUAACUCUCCCAGUCACUCUGGAGGCUCCACCCCAGUGUCGGGCAUCUUUCCAGGACAGGCUAGUAACGGUGGUCAAAGCAGUGAUUACUCCUCAUCCCUUCCCUCCACGCCUGUGAUCAGCCACAAAGAGAUCGGCAAGACAGCGAGAGGGGAAAAACAGGAUAGUGCCACGCCUGGGUCAGUCCGCAGUGCCACCCGGAGACGCACCUCCCGAUUUGCGGGCCGGCGAGGCAGUGACUCAAACAGAAGGAGUGCAGACUCUAAGGGCGAUCUGGGCAGUGGGCGCUCCAUUCCCAUCAAACAGGGCAUCUUGCUGAAGCGCAGCGGGAACUCGCUCAACAAAGAGUGGAAGAAGAAGUAUGUCACGCUGUCCAAUGACGGCAUACUGUCCUAUCACUCCAGUGUCAAUGAGUACAUGCUGAAUGCCCCCGGGAAAGAGAUGGACCUGCUGCGAGUGACAGUGAAGGUGCCAGGAAAGCGGCCACCUCGUGCUGUACCCACCUGCGGCCUUCCAGUCGGGCUCAACGGACGGGUUAAAGAUGUGCCAGGACCUGAGGGUGUCAGCCCAGUCCCUGUAAGCGCCAGCAGUUUCCUGCAAGUGGAGGAAAUGGAAGGGCUGGGGGGUGCACUGUUCCUGAGGGGUAACAGAGGCAUGCAGCGAUGUCCCUCUACACUAUCUAACCACGCACAAAGUGUUGACUCUGCAGUUGAGGGGGUGUCCAGUUCCUCCUCCACCAAAGAUGUGGGCUCCUCCUCCCCAGUCACGGACAGGAAGAAGCAUCGCAGAAAGAAGAGCGUAAACCAGAAAGGAGAGGCAACCAUUGGCCACGCUGAUGCCAAGCGCAAAAUGUGGAAACUUAAAAGCUUUGGUAGCUUAAGAAACGUAAGCAAGACAGAUGAGGAUAACUUUGACUUCCUCAUUGUGUCGAGCACUGGCCAGACAUGGCACUUUGAAGCGCAGAGUGUGGAGGAGAGAGACUCCUGGGUCCAAGCCAUUGAGAGCCAGAUCCUGGCCAGCUUGCAGCUGUGUGAGAGCAGCAAAAACAAGGCUCGCAGGAACAGCCAGAGUGAAGCAGUGGCUCUGCAGGCGAUCCGCAACGCAAAGGGCAACAACUUUUGUGUAGACUGUGAUGCUCCAAAUCCAACCUGGGCCAGUCUGAACCUGGGCGCUCUCAUAUGCAUUGAGUGUUCAGGGAUCCACAGAAACCUGGGGACCCACCUGUCCCGUGUUCGCUCGCUGGACCUUGAUGAUCUGCCGCGAGAGCUCACACUGGUUCUCAGCGCAAUCGGCAACCACAUGGUCAACAGUAUAUGGGAGGCGCGCACUCUGGGCCGCCGUAAACCAGCGCCUGAUGCUACACGUGAGGAACGGGAGUCAUGGAUCAGGGCCAAAUAUGAGCAAAAACUGUUUGUGGCGCCGUUGCCUCCUCCCACACCUGGCGAGGGCCCAGACAUCACGCUAUCUGGCCGUCUUCUCUUGGCAGUGAUGGAGCACAACCUCCCCAAGCUGCUGCUCCUUUUGGCCCACUGCACUAAGGAGGACAUUAAUGCCCCUCUCAGCCUGUCGCUCUCCUCUAGGUCGCUCUUGGCGCUGCGGCUGCCGGGCUCUGCCCUGCACGCCGCCUGCCAGCAAGCCGAUGUGGUGAUGACGCAGCUCCUUGUUUGGUAUGGCUGUGAUGUUCGAUCCCGGGACACUCAGGGGCAGACAGCGCUGGUUCUGGCUCGCAGCGCCGGCAGCCAGGAGUGCGUCGACAUCUUGCUCCAGUACGGAUGCCCAAAUGAACCAGUCACGACAGCCGGCUUCGCAGCAGCCGUGACAUCCAGCUUUUCUGUUGCCAUGACGCCCAGCCUGACAGUUGCCACGACACUCAAGAUCUCGCACAAGAGCGGCGGCACCAGCUUGAGUUACAGCACCUCUAGAAGAGCAGUGUCAUAAUCGAAAUGUGGUGUGGUAAAGUGUGUGUGUGUGUGUGUGUGUGUGUGUGUGUGUGUGUGAUUGUCGCUUUGCCAUCAUGGUGUCUCUCACACUGGCCAGCAGGACUGAUGAAAAUGUUGCCAGAUGUUGCACUCGCUGAGGUUUUAAGGGGUGUGUGUGUUUGUCAGGGAGGAAAACACAUGCUUGUAAUCACACAGGCACAUUCAGUCUGCUAGAAUGAUUUAACCAAAACAAAAAAAAAGAAAUUUUCCUGACUACACUUUCUACGUAGAGGGUAGGAUAAAAGAUAACAGAUUCAAUAGGAAUGUAUUGCACUGUAUACCAGCUGGUAUGAUUCAUAUUUCAUCACGCAGUCAGUAUUUAUUCUCCACUCGAUUCAGAAUGGAAAUUCACCUUUGGCAGCAACUGCUUAUCUGAGCAUCUAGUUCCCAGGAGUAAAACAAAACGCAAUACGUUUAUGACUUCAUAGAUGGACAUCUCUGUUUUUCAAGCCUGUCUCUAUCUGCUUGAAAUUUCAACACUAAACACAUCCACCCUUCUUAUCUUUAUUGACAGCGAAUGUCAGUUUUAAAUUCACAGUGCAUAUCCUGAGUUACAUUCAACACAGCCGGUCAUUCAGUGCAUAAAUAGUAAUUUUGUGUAAGUUUAAAAACAAAAACAAAAAACUUUACAGUGGCUGAAAAAGGAGGGGCUGUUUUACAGAUAAUCAAAAUAACUGUAUAGAAAUUGAUAAAAUAUUGUAAUUCUAAAAAUUUAAAAGUGCUUCGUUUUCGAGAUUGUUAUUGUAUGAUUUGUACAGUUAUGGUUGUGUGUAUAAAACUCAAAGGGUUACUCAUGGCUGUUCAGAGAUUUCCUGUACAGCGUCUUGGUUUGUUGUUUCCUUUAAUAACCACCUGAUUAACUCUUUGACAUCCUAGACUGAGAUUUCUAUGUUAAGUUUGUAUCACUGUGUGUGACAUAUACAUGAUGUGCACAUUAUGACUCCAGCAGCAGCUCAUUAUCAAAGCGAGUGUAAUACUAGACGUGUAAAGGAACAAGUGAAAUGCCUUGAUUUUGAUUGAAUGUAUACAAAAACCAAUGGUUUGAGUUAAUUGUUUCAAACACUAAUAUGUGUUUUCCAGAUUAUACCGUUUCGGCGGCCUGUCGGGGUGUUUUAUCUUUAAUUAACUAUUAUUAUUCCUGCUGUGACUAAUAGAACUUUAAAGUAUGGUUUAAUAGAUUCAAACAUGGCAAAGGUUAUGACCUAUAAAACUGGGCCUUCGAAUGACUAUGAUAAUAUUUGUAGGUGUAUGAAAAUCCACAUAAAAUAGAAGAAUGUUGCUCAGUUUAAAAUUUUAAAAAAAAGAGGCAUAAAAACAGUACUGUAUGUAUUUUUGUGUUAAUCUGAAGACUCCGCUGAGUGUACAUGUCUGUGAUGUAAGCAUCUCUCUCCAUUUGUAUUUUUUUACUCAUGCAAUGAU